ACCACAACAAUCAGGCUUCAUGGAUUCCUGCCACCGCUGCGCUUCACUUGUUCAGAGGAGACUUACAGUGCAUUUCUCCACAGUUUUAGAGAUUCAAGAGUGAAUCCAUGGGGAGCAUCCCGGGAGUUUCACUUCUGCUGCUGGCGGUGAUGUCCCUCCUGAAAAGUCCCAGUGUCCAGGGCGGAAAGAUUCUGGUGUUCCCGUUGGAUGGCAGCCACUGGGUCAACAUGAAUCUCCUGAUCCAGAGCCUCCAUGCCAGGGGCCAUGAGGUCACUGUGGUGCGCACAUCCACUAGUUGGUACAUCAAGGAAAACGCACCACAUUACCACUCCAUCACUGUUACCCUACCAGAAGCCAUGAGCCUACAGGACCAGGACUUUUUUGUAAGCCUCCUGUUUAAGAUGUUGACGAUUCAGAAAGAGGGGGCGUCUCUUAUCGGCUUUGUGAAGUUCUUCUGGGAAAUGCUCGACGUAAUGUCGAAAAUUCACCGACAGGCCAGCAUGUUUGUGGUAGAAAUACUUGAGAACAAGACUCUAAUGCAGAGUAUUCGUCCUUCAGUUUGACAAUGGUUCUUCUGG